AUGAAGUAUCAGGCCAUCAUCAUUAGUCCAGAGCAGCUUAUGAAGCCCAGAGAGGAAUUUGAGACACUGCUGUGCAAACCACUUUUUGCACAGCAGAUUAUUGGCAUAAUAUUUGAUGAAGCACAUUGCAUUGCAACCGGGGGUGAAUUUCGUCCUGAAUAUAGGGAAUUAGAGCAUCUUUGUUACAUCCUGCCUUGCUACAUCCCUUUCAUGCUUGCAUCCGCAAUGCUCACAGUGGACAAUCUUGCACAUGUGAAGCGGCUACUCCACAUGUGCUCAGACAAGCUCCUCACAAUCCAAAUGUCUGUCGAUCAUGCAAAUAUCAAACUCUACCUGUCAUUUUUAAUACCUGAUAGCUGGAAGGAUGGUGACCUAGUGCCUCCAAAGUUUCUCAUCUUCUUUGACAACAUUCAAGAUUCUAUAGCAGUGGCAAAAACAAUACAGAAACAACUUCCAUCAGCACUGCAUCACAGGAUAAAGUGGUUUAACUCUGACAUGACAACAUGA